UGCAAUUCUAGGUGGGUUGAGGCUGGCGCCAAUCACCAGAUGCGCAUCAGGACUAUCCGGACCAAUUCAUAAGGUUCAGAUACCGGUAUAGUAACCACUUGACGCCGUCUUCAAAUGGCCUCUUCACAUUUACGUUCAAUCUCCCCGAAGAAUGGCUGCAAAGUUUCGAUCUCCUAGCCGAAGGAAAUAACGGUUGUCUGAAUGUGUCCUUGUCUGGUGCACUAUGUACAUUGCAAUCAAAUGAAUUUAUUCCAAUCCAAGUUAGAGGCGCACUGUUCCCAUCGGGAUGCGAAGAGUGACUGAAAGUGUCCUCUCCCUUGUAGCCGAAGGGAAUCCGAACAUGCGAAGGCCUCACUCAUGUACCCUAGCACGAUGGCCUAAGAUUCAUCUCCUGUGUAGAGUAUGACAUUUAGCAAGUUACGAUUGCGCGGCAAUUAUGAACCACCUACCUCCCUUCCAUCGUCCUCUGCCAUUAGGUGCUUGAAUUGACACUAUGAGGUUCAACGUAGGUGUCAGCAAGCUGAAGCAGGACGUUGGACAGAAACUGAAAGCCUCCGACAUUGGGGACACGCAAAAACUAACGCCAGACUUGGCUAAAUUGCGAAAGCUCGCGCCAGGGCUGGACGACCUGAAGAACAUGAUGUCCCCAGAUGCAGAUAAAUUACAAAAGCUUUCGCUCGCACUGAAGGACGUCCAAAAUCGUAUCCCUGGCGUAGAAGAUAUCAGUAGCCUUAUUAGACGAGGUGCCAGCAUCCAGAAACUGGUCCCAUUUUGGGGAGAAUCAGAAGAAAAAGAAAAUUAUAAAAAGGCACAGAAGGUCCUCGCCGCCCCGCAGUCAAAAGCGACGCUUCAGAACGAGAUCGAAAAUCUUGGGGACGCCGCCGUAACGAUUGGGCUUUCAUUCGAGAGGGUUGCUAAUGCUCUCGUCGAUGCCCGAAACACUGCGGAGACGCCAGAACAAGCUGGUGAUCUUUCCAGCUUCGGGGAAACUUGGUCUAAGCACCAACAGGAAUGGGUCACACUACUGCAGAUGUCACAGGAGGUUGUAAGUCGAGCCCGGCUCACUACAGCUGAUUUCGUGGAGAGCUUCCUCAAGGUCCUGGCGGAUGCUACCGUUAGCCUUGACGCGAGGAAAGAGAAGAUAAAGGCUUACCAAGCUAAAUUGAAAGUGGGAAUGAACGAGUCCAGGGAUCUAGCCCGAGGUUUCGUAGACCUGCAGACCUGCAUUGGCAGUUUUUAUAAAGGCGUCACGGAUUGGAUGAAACAGAGAAACAAACUUAAAGAGGACAUCCUUCAAAUGGUCGCGGACAUCAAAACCACAAAGGAAAACAUUCAGAAAUUGACAUCUAAAGCAUUCUUAAGUGCGACCUCUGCACUUGGUCUCGGGACCUUAGCAGCUGGAGCUAUUGCUCUCGGUAUUCUUUGUCCCCUACUAUGGGUUGGAGCUGCAUUUUCAGGUGUACGAGCAGUACAGGAAGGAAAAACAUUCUUAGACAAUCUAAAGAAGAAUAUUCAGCGCAAACGCAGCGAAUUGGAUGCCAAACUGUUGGCUCUCGAGGGACUGAAAAGAAUGCAAGUAAUCCUGGAACCUGCAUUGUCCGACUUGAGCGUUAUCAGGAAUAAGCUUUGGGUGGUCUCUCAAAUCUGGUCCUUCAUCCACGCAGACAUAGUGGGGAUUGAAAAAAGCUUGGAUAUGGCUAGCAAGGGAGCAAGGGAGGCGUUAUUCAAGGCUCGUUUGAAGACAGUGACAUCCGUCUAUUCGCUGUUGGGUGAAGCUCUCAGUCAAUACGAAACCGCUGUUAAAGCGAUUGCUUUGGGAGGAUUAGAGUCCAGUUGGCGAGCCGAAGACAGACAUGGGCUAAUAGACAUUUUCGAGCUUCUCGGGUGA